AUGUCAACUGAGUUUGAGGGCAAGGUCGCCCUUGUGACAGGCGGCACGGGAGGAAUCGGCUACGCAUGUGCCUCCAUGCUCGCGUCCCGUGGAGCUUCAGUCGCACUCUUGGACAUUGGCAAAGGCAUCGAUCAAGCUUCUCGCAUCACCAAAGAGUUUGGAAGACCAGCUCUUGCCAUUGAAUGCGAUGUUAUCCGCCCUGAAGAUGUGGAGAGCGCCGUGAAUACCGUCAUCGACGAGUUUGGGCGGCUGGACCUUUGCGUCAACGCCGCGGGCAUUCUUCCACCCGGAGGUAACGUCGACGUCUUUGAGCCCUCGAUGUGGGCGCGCGUUAUCAACGUGAACCUCAACGGCGUCUUCCAUUGCGUGCAGCAAGAAAUAAAAGUAUUCAAACGCCUGGACAUUCGCGGUUCCAUCGUCAACUUCUCAUCCGACGCGGGCACCGUCGCAACUGCCGGGUGCGCAGCCUACGUCGCAUCAAAGCACGCUAUCAACGGCCUGACCAAGACAGCAGCGCUCGAGUGCGCCUCGCAGGGCAUCCGAGUAAACGCUUUGGCGCCAGGGAAUAUUGAAACACCGAUGAUUGCAGCGCUGGGCGUGAGCAUGGACGAGAUUGCGCGGGCGUUGCAGCCGACGGGUCGAUGUGGCAAGCCAGAGGAGGUAGCGGAGCUCGUGUGUUUCUUGUUGUCAGAGCGCAGCGCCUUUAUGACGGGGUCCAUUGUUGCGAUUGAUGGAGGUAUUACGACGACUGGCUACUCGUCUUCAAAUAACACUCCUUAUGGCGGAAAAUGA